AUGCCUGCAGUGGUACCGGAGGAGCGUGCACGCGUGCUGGCCGUCGUGCGCGCGCUGAAAGCGGUCGGUGUGCGCGUCAGGAACUGGAAGAACUUCGUGCACGGGGAGAGAACACCUGAGCGCUCACCUGUACAGGACUCCGAGCGGCGGUUCUCUUUCGGUCGGGAUCUGCAGCUGCUUCCUCAGCAGCGCGUGGAGGAGGUGAACGGUUCCGUCCCGCUGUUCCUGGUGGAGGCGUGUGGAUAUCUGUCUCGGCACCUCCACACCGAGGGUCUGUUCAGGAAGACCGGCUCGCUGGGACGCAUCAGAACUCUCAGAUCGGAGCUGGAGAAUGGUGAGCGGAUCUUCCUGCCCCCCCGCGACGCUCUGCUGCAGCCGUGUGACGUAGCCUCUCUGCUAAAGCAGUUCCUGCGCGAGCUUCCCGCGCCGCUGAUAGCCCUCGACCUGCAGGCGGCGCUGUGCCAGGCUCAGACGCUGGAGGAGGGCGCCAGGGAGAGAGCCACGCUGCUGCUGACCUCGCUCCUGACCCCAGUACAAACCCGGACCCUGCAGUACAGCUGUACCUUCCUCAGAGACGUGGCGCUCAGGUGUGAUGAGAACAGGAUGGAGGUGGGCAGUUUGGCGCUGGUGAUGGCACCGAAUCUGCUCUCCUGUUCGGCUCAGACGUGUCGUCUCACCGUUCACACCGAGAAGCAACUGGAGCAGCAAACGGCCGCCAUCAGAUCGCUCAUCCUGCACGCCGAGCGCAUCGGGGUCGUGCCCUCGUCCAUACUGGAAACACUGGGAACGCUGGAGCUGAGUGAAUCCAACUCUCCAGCAGAGGGCGCCGUGGUCACCAGGAGGAGCCGGCUCAGCGUGUACAGCAACAUGAGCAGACAGAGGAGGAGGAGCGUCGGGGAGAUUUUUGUGGACGCUUUUUCUAAGCUGCGGCCGGGACGGACACCCACCGGCCCCCCUCUGUCCUUGGACGUAUCCUCAGGUCACCUGAUCUCCAGAAGCCCCGCCCCACAGUCUCCGAGCACAGUGAAGCGUAAAGCGUCGGAGGAACCGGUACCAGAAGCGGACGGAUCAGCCAAGAAAAGGCGUUCCCUGCACGACCUCCGAGCCGACGCCCAGUCCAUCAGCAGCCAGUCUGCGGACGAAUCCACCGGAAAUCCGAGUCCCCCGGCGGUGAAGAUCAGCGCUGAUGAAUCGUUCCUCGCUCUUCCAAAGAGGAGAAAUCUGCAACCGUCUCACCGUAAAUCACUCCGACCCCCGAAACAAGAAGAGCGGCUUCACCUGAAGAGACGAUCGCUCCGAUUCUUCAGCAUGUCCAGCGGGGGCGCCAGUCCUGCUCUGGGCAUAACGCCACCCGAUAAACCAGUGAGGGACCAGAGCUUCUGCGGAGGAAGCCACGAGGAGAAAACGUCUCUGUUAAACUCGGACAGCAAAUCAUCUCUGAAGAUCCCGUUCAUUCUGAUUGAGGAGCCGGGGCGAGUGGUGAUCGGGAGUGAAGUGGACGACGAUCCUGAUCUCCUGAACUGCAGUUUUGUGGAGAGCCCUGACCACGCCCUGACCGACCACACCCUGACCGACCACGCCCUGAACGUCCACACCAAGGAGACGAUACCCGACCUCCAGAAUCUGGAGCUUGAGGCGGCGAGCGACGACGACCGCUGGGUUUUACUGGAGGACGGAAACCUGGAGGUGCUCGUGGAGUACGACGAGGCGCAGACGGAGACCCAGAGACCGGACGUAGGAAGUCCUGAAGCAGCAGAGGAGGUGCGGGCGGACGAGGUGAAGGAGGAACCCAAAAAGAGGAGGAGCGGCAGUAAGAAGCGCUCCGGUCCACGCCGGUCCAUGAGCAUGCCUGAGGUGGCUCUGGACGUGUGUUUGGAUGAUGAGGACAGGGCGUCGCCGCAGGAGGAGGUCGGGGCGCACCAGGUCCCGUUCGGUGGUGAUUUCUGGUCUGUGUCCGUCAGCCUGCCAGUGAAGAAGAAGCAGAAGGAGGUGAGGAGGAGGAGGUGCGGCACUCUUCACCAGCCCAAGACGGGAAAAGAUUCGGCGCUCGAUUCUGAAGGAUCGAUAAAGAAAACGAGCUCUCGUUUCUCCGUGGCUGAGAGGUUCAGGAGCUUCGGAGCUUUGGCUUCGUUCCUCCGCACGCCGACGGUCCGGCUGCGCAGGCAGGGAGCGCGGAGGUUCAGCCGCUCGUUCAGCGACGAGGGGGUUCAGGAGGAGCAGCAGGCGUUCCUCGAGCUGACGGACUCGGAGGAGCCUCAGAUCUCACGCAGUCCUUCACCUUCACCCUGUUCCUCAGAAGAUUUGACCUUACUGGGGUCGGCACAGAAAUCAGACCAGGAUCAAAGUCUGCGUGGUUCAAACCCUCGACCCGAGGUCGUCACUGAGGUUCCAAUAAUCGAAAUCUUUGACCUGGAUAAAGUGUUUAAGCAGCAGUGCAGCCUGGCCGAGGAGCUCGAGUUUAAUACAGCGGGCGACCAGCAGAGGGCGUCGCUCACACCGUCUAUAGACUCGAACGUAGACGUGCGAUUUGACGUAUCGACUCCGUCCGGCCAGCAGAGGGCGGCGUACGCUUCCACAGACUCUAUAUGCACGGAUACAGACGCGGUCUCUCCUCAGCUGUCGCUGUACGGGGCGUCGCCCCCGGGCGUCUGUAAACCGCUGGACUGUCUGUCGUUUGACGGCGUGUUUUCCAUCAGCAGCGUGAGUGAGAAGUGUUCCCUCUCUCUGGAUCUGUCGCCGCCCGCCUUCCACUUCAGACCCCAGGCCUCCAGGAGGCGCUACCGGGACUCCCCGCGCUGGCCCGCCCACGACGUGCGCAUGAGCGCGUGGGAGCCGCUGCCGUACUGAGCGUCCUGCGCGGCGGCGUUCGCUAACGUGGAAGCUGCAGCGUUUUUAUUUAUUACGUCACAGUUUGAGUGUUGAUUUGAUUUUC